AUGAGCGUAGCCACAGACGAAAUGUUUAACCAAGGCUGGGGCGACGUGUUGAGCAAUAUCUCGCCAUACGCGUGGGGUAGCAUGGGAAUCGCUUUAGGACUUUCUUUGUCUAUUGUUGGUGCCGCCUGGGGCAUCUUCAUCACAGGCUCCAGUCUUCUGGGUGCGGCUGUUAAGGCACCACGCGUCCGGUCCAAGAAUCUUGUGAGCAUCAUCUUUUGUGAGGCUACGGCAAUUUAUGGCGUCAUCAUUGCGAUAAUACUACAAAGCAAAAUGAAUCAGCCUGGAUUGCGUCAUGAGGGUGAUGAACCGAUAAGUGAGCAAGCGCUGUACUUUGCGGCAUACGCGGUUUUUGGUUCCGGUCUCGCUGUCGGUUUGACAAACGUGGCUAGCGGAGUAUCCGUCGGUAUUGCUGGCAGCAGUUUGCGCUUGGUAUUUUCGGUGUCAUUGUUGGUAUCAUUUUAUCCAACAACGCUGAAUUUCCGAAGUAAUUUCAGAGGCUACCACCAAUUUAUUAUGCACAAGAGCACACCAGUGCAGACACAUUUUUAA